AUGCAACCAUUUUCUUAACUCUCACACAACUACAAUAAGUCAGUCAUUUAUGAUAGAUCCAGUAGCUCAGCUACUCGCAAUAUGAAAAGAAGAGGAAGACCUCCUAAGGAUAAGUCCUUGAAUAGUCAUUUGGCAAAGAAAUCUAGCCUUUAAGGAAAUCAUGAAGAUAUUGUAGAUACUGAUAUUGAUGAGGAUAGUGCUUUAUUAAGUGAGGAAUAGUCUUUCAUUGGUCUAAUUAGCAGUAACCUAUUGCAGGCCUCUUCAUCAAUGAAUAACAAAGAAAACUCAAUCGGAGAUUGUUAAGACUCUAACGAAAAGAGAAUUCACAGUCCUUUUAUGUCAUAAGUAUAUCUUCAGUAAUAAAAGCAAAACAUCAGUUAACCAGCUUUAGCUGCUAAAAUGCGAAAAUAAGUAUAAACCUCUUCAUAGCAAAUUGAAGCAUCACUGAGUUAAUCAUCUUAAGGAUAGGAAUAACUUCCAAAGAAAAGAGGUAGGAAAAAAGGCAGUAAAAACUAAGAUAAAAAAAUCAGUGGCAAAACAAAAGACCAAAAGGAAGACCAGUUGUAAUCUUCCUAAGAUACUUUAAGCUAAGAGGGUAAUAGAAAGCAAAAGGGAAUUUAAGCUUAAGCAAUCAGAAAAAGAUCUAACAACAAUUCACCCUAAUCAAAGUCAUCUUCCAUUCCUUCUAAGUUGUAUGUAUCCUAGAAUAACUCAGCUUUAAUUAACAAGAAAUAGUCAAAAUCAUAUAGAUUUUCAGAUGAGAUAAUGAUUAAUACUACAACUAAAGAUAGCAAAGGAUAUGGCUAUAAUUAUAGUUAAGGCUAAAAACUUAGCUUAUCAUAACUUUUAUCUAGAAUCAAGCCGACUAACUUCAACAGCUAUAGCCCUCAAUCCAGUUCCUCAGCAAUACAAGAGAGAUCAAACUCAGGAACCGAUGAGGAGUCUGAGUGUAAAUAUAACUUAAACCAAGCAAGCAGCUACUAAAACAGUUCCAGUGAAGAGCAGAAGUAUCAAGUGGUGGUGCCAAAGCAUCCCAACAAAUUCUCUAAGAUGAUAAAGAAUAGAACUCGAGUAUUUAGAAACUAGAAGAUUGAUACACUUUCACAGCAAAAAAUGGAAGAAGAGGGCCUUUAUUAAAGCUGCAGUGAUGAUGAAAAUGAAACCAUUAAUUAGAUAGACUAGCCAAUAGAUAUUAAAGAAUAGUUUUUGAUGAGUCAAAGUCAAGGGACAAACAUGGAAGUAAAUGUACAGAUAUCAAAGAAAAGAAAGAUUGAUGAAAUAUCAUGUCAUGAUGGGAUAGACUAUCAUCAGAUUGUAGACAAAUGCACCAACUAGCCUAAAAGAGUCAGAAUAAAUGAUGUAGUUGACUACUGGGGAUUCAAAAGAAAUACCAAGAAGGACAUGGAUAUUCAGGUUAGAGCUCAAACCAUCUAUAACAAAUAUUUGUAGCCAAAGAGAAGUUGUUUGAAGCGAGAUAUGCCAGAUCAUGCAGGAUAAGUUAGUUAUGACUUAUCAGAUGCAGAUUUUCAGAAUUAUGGGACCUUUCACACUUAUGAAUCUUAAGUAUCUUAGAUUGAGAGACGGAUGAGGAAUUUUGACAUUCAAGAUUUGUUGAACAGUAGCAAUGAAGGUGACCUGAGUCCUUAUAGAUACAAUUUAAACUUAGAUUGUUCAUUCGAAUCAGAUGAUAAUCAGAAUCAAAAUUUUCUUGAUAAUGGUCCACAAACUCUUACCAUCCAUUCUCAAACAAAUUCUGCAAUAAUGAAUACGAAUGAACCCACCGAUUUUCACUUCCCAAAUUAUAUUCAGAGAUCAUAUUAGAAUCAUUAAAUUGAACUUAAAGAAUGCCCAAUUGAUUACUGGAAAGCUAAUUGCCAGAAAGCUUAUGACAUUACAGAGGAUUAGGUUAGGACAUUUUAAGAGUUACCGGAGGAUAUGAUUCAACCCACAACAGCAGGUUUUUAAUACUUAGAGUUACUCAGACUUGAGACUGAGGGUGAGGUACUCUUUGCAAAUCUCAAUUAAUAGAUUCCAGAUUAAUCUAUAAGAGCUGCCUCUUUGUCAUCAGGAAAUUCAGAUAUUAUUCAAUUCUAAAGUGAGAGUUUUAGUGAGAGUGUAAAAAGAACCAGGAGAAUGCAGGAAGGGUUAUAUUCAGCUUAGAAGUCCAUUUAUGAUUCUAAAAUAGUAUAAGAUGAUGAUGAUUAUUCCAGAGAUAAAUAUGAAAUUUCCUCAGUCAAAGGUAACUUUCAGGAUGUAUGA